UUUCUUCAGGAAUCCCUGGCACAGGAGGGACCUGGGACUGGGACCGGCCACCAGAACAGCUCCUCCAGGAGUUCCUGGCACGGGAUGGACCUGGGAUUGGCCACCAGAACGGCUCCUCUGGUGGUCCCCGGCAUGGGAUGGACCCAGGACUGGCCACCAGAACGGUUCCUUCAGGAAUCCCUGGCACAGGAGGGACCUGGGACUGGGACCGGCCACCAGAACGGUCACCAGGAGCACCUGGCAUGGGCUGGCCACCAGAACGGUCCCCAGGAGCACCUGGCAUGGGCUGGCCACCAGAACGGUCACCAGGAGUACCUGGCAUGGGAUGGACACCAGAGUGGUCACCAGGAGUCCCCAGCACCGGCCAAGGCCGUGCCAGGACAAGGCCCGGCCCCAGGAAUGGCUCUCCCUGAUCCCCCCAAACCCCCCAAAGGUGCCGAUCCCCUUCCCAGCGCCUCCGGAUGGGCACGGCAGGAACGAGGAUGGGUUUUACAGGGAAUGGGCUCAAACACCCCACGGGCUCCCCGAGCACCGGCACUCCCUGGGGUUCUACCCAAGUUCCACCCCAAAAAACGGGGCUUUUUGCAAAAUCCCAUUUUCACUCUGUGUUCCACCCCCAAAAACGGGGUUUUUUUGCAAAAUCCCAUUUUCACUCCGUGUUCCACCCCCAAAACCAGGGUUUUUUGCAAAAUCCCAUUUUCACUCCGUGUUCCACCCCCAAAACCAGGGUUUUUUGCAAAAUCCCAUUUUCACUCCGUGUUCCACCCCAAAAAAAUGGGGUUUUUUGCAAAAUCCCAUUUUUAUUCCAUGUUCCACCCAAAAAAAAAAGGGGUUUUUUGCAAAAUCCCAUUUUCACUCCGUGUUCCACCCCAAAAAACAGGGUUUUUUUGCAAAAUCCCAUUUUUAUUCCAUGUUCCACCCAAAAAUCAUGUCCUGUUCCAGGGUACCCAGGAGCGAGCGGUGCCCACGGGGCAGUGCCCGCCUGGAUUUCCUUUCUGGCGGCCACCAACCCUCACACCACACAGCAAGAGCGGCAGCAGGCAUUGUCCUCGCCUUUCAGGCGGGAAUAAUGGCAAAAGGAGGCUGCUGAGGAAGGGAUUUACCCCGGGAAUUGGGCUGUGGGACCACCCUGCACCUUCCUGGGGGCUGCCAGCCCAAACCCGACCCCCUCUCACCUCCGGGACCCCCAUCAGGAACCCCCAAACCCAGUUUGGGGGUGCGAGGUUGGGGUGGGGAGGCCAAUCUGGGCCGGCCCCGGCUUGGGGGCAGCAAUUACAUAACAAACAAAGCCCGGCUCAAGCUGCGAAUUAAUCAAACGGCUGAAAAUAAAACCUUCCUCUCAGGAACUUCAAACAAAAGAAAUGAAAACAACAAGGCCGGCUGGGUAAUGAAAAGCCAGGGCUGUGAAUAGGGGACAAAAGGAAGUGGAACAAUGGGGUGUUGGACAAAAGCAAUAAAGUAAAGGGAAGUGUGACAGCUCCACAAUAGGGCACUGUGCUCGCCAGCCUUUCUGAUCUUAGCGGGCCUUUUUUUUUUUUAAUCUCGGUUCCCUCGCCCCUCCGCAGAACAAACCCGCCGGGUUUCCGCAUCGCCCGCAUCCUGCAGAGCCCCUUCCUGCCCCGGCUCACCUUGGCCGGGGCCACCCGGCCCCCCAAAAUCCAUCGGACGCGGUGGGGGAGCUGUGCUGGCUCCAGCGAGGAUUGUCCCUGUGGGGAUGGGUUACAGUGGGGAAACUGAGGCAGGAGAGCGCAGCACGGCACCUCAGCCCUUCAGGCUGUCCCAGCUCAUGGAAUUUUUCCCUCCUCCCUCCCAAAGCUCUCAGUCCGUGGCUUUUCCCUUCAAGAGCCCAACCUGGUACCUGAACAUCCCAAAAAACCCUCAAAACAUCCCAAAACAGGGCAAAAUCCAAGGAGGAAACACCAGAGGAGCGACGACGGCCCCGCCGCCGGCACGAGCAGCAGCCCCGACACCCCCGGGAGGGGACGGAGGAAAAAAUAAAGACAAAUAAAGACACACACGGAGAUUUUUCCUCUUCCAGGCAGGACCUGAGGAAUCCCGGCCGGCCAGCGGGACAGACAAUAGCCCAUCUCCUGCCAGACGAGCGGGGACGCUUUCCUGCCAGACUUGGAAUGUCCUUUCGGGGCCGCUUCCAAGCGUUUCCGCCCCGGGUGUCUUCCAAGAGAAAAGAAUGGAUGUUUGCUGUAUCCCGGGCAGGGAUGGCCCUGGCUGGGGGAAGUUCAUGGGGGUCCCGUCCCUGGGGGUCCCUUCCCUGGGGAUCCGGAGUGUCCCGGGAUUGGGGGGGUCAUUCCCUGGGAAUGGCCGUGGAGGAGGAGGAAAAUGCGGCCCGGGGGAGGGAAAAAUGUGGACGAGGAAAUGCAAGGCCCCAGGGUUUGUUGGUUCUGGAAAAAUGAUUUUUAAACCCAAAAGGCGAUGGGAGGAGGGAUUUUAGAGUCAGAAAUGCCACCACCAUCACAUGGUGAGCUACAGGGUUUGUUGGUUCUGAAAAAUUGUAUUUUUAAACCCCAAAAAGUGAUGGGAUGAGCACAUUUAGACUCGGAAAAGCCACCACCACUACAUGAGAGCCACAGGGUUUGUUGGAUCGAAAAAAUCAUUUUUUUAACUCCAAAAAGUGAUGGGAUGAGCACAUUUAGACUCAGAAAUGCCACCACCACUACAUGAGAGUCACAGGGUUUGUUGGUUUUGAAACACUAAUUUUUUAACCCCAAAAAGUGAUGGGAUGGGGGGUUUUGGCUCCAUAAAUGCCACCACCACCACAUGGUGAGCCACAGGGUUUGCUGGUUCUGAAAAAUCAUUUUUUUAACCCCAAAAAGUGAUGGGAUGAGCACAUUUAGACUCAGAAAUGCCACCAGCACCACAUGAGAGCCACAGGGUUUGCUUGUUCUGAAAAAUCAUUUUUUAACUCCAAAAGGCAACAGGAUGAGCAUUUUCAGCCCCAGAAAUGCCACCACCAUCACAUGGUGAGCUACAGGGUUUGCUGGUUCUGAAAAAUUGUAUUUUUAACCCCAAAAAGUGAUGGGAUGAGCACAUUUAGACUCAGAAAUGCCACCACCACCACAUGAGAGCCACAGGGUUUGUUGGAUCGAAAAAAUCAUUUUUUUAACCCCAAAAAAUGAUGGGAUGAGGGUUUUUAGACUCAGAAAUGCCACCACCGUCACAUGGUGAGCUGCAGGGUUUAUUGGUUCUGAAAAAUUGUAUUUUUAACUCCAAAAGGCAACAGGAUGAGCAUUUUUGGCCCCAAAAAUGCCACCACCACCACUUGGUGAGCCACAGGGUUUGUUGGUUCUGAAAAAUUGUAUUUUUGACCCCAAAAGAUGAUGGGAUGAGCACAUUUAGACUCAGAAAUGCCACCACCACCACAUGAGAGCCACAGGGUUUGCUGGUUUUGAAAAACUAAUUUUUAAACCUCAAAAAGUGAUGGGAUGAGGGUUUUUAGACUCAGAAAUGCCACCAGCACCACAUGGUGAGCUACAGGGUUUGUUGGUUCUGAAAAAUUGUAUUUUUAACCCCAAAAAGUGAU